AUGCAGGAAUCGAUGGCCACCGAGGUUCUCAACUUGGAAGACGCCCAUUACUUGUCUCUGGAGGAGACCCACCUGGACCGAGCCGCAGCGCAGUACCGGAGGCGUUUGACUAAUCGCCCUCGCAUCGGUUCCCGCACGCUCUUUGGAAAAUUCAUUGACGCGUGCCGCCUGUAUGACCUGCAAUACGACCUCUCUUCGACGUCGGCGUCUGGCGUCGCGUCGUUGAAGACUCUGUUGUCCGCCUUCGUGGCACCUUCUUCGUGUGACUGGUGGCCUGCCGACAGUGACAUCAGGGGUGUUGCCCAUGGCUUCUGCAAACUACAGCGAGUCUACGAGGUCUCAGUCGCGCGGAUCAUGGCAAUGAUUUCCCGUCGGCUACCGUCUGUUUCGCCGCAAGACCUCAGCCUAAUCGCAAGAGGCUGCUACUCCAACGCGGCGCAUGGCAGCAAUACGGCCUGGUCUGAACAAGCGCUCGCCGCGGCACAGUACAUACAGAAUAGCCCUCGCAACCUCGAGGUGGGACUCUGGUGGCUUCAGGCCAAUGACGCGAGGCGCGCGGCGUUGAAAUCAAAGCACCGGCACCUGUAUCCAGCCCCGCCGGAGACCGACGUGGACGAAUACAAGUCGGUGUGCGCAGAAAAUGACGGCUUGCGAUCCACUACGGCCCAACUCAGUUGUGUCAUGUGGACUGGCGACGGAGACCCCCGGUUAAUACUGGCGCCGCUCAAGUUGGAAGUACUGUCCCUCACGCCCCGCGUCGUGGCAUUCGCUGACUUCCUCACUCCCUCUGAAGUGGCCUACAUUCAGGACGCUGGGCAUACUGGUUUGGAGCGAGGAACUAUUUACGUCUCGGGUAAUCCAUCAGGAAUAUCAAGUUACGACCGCAUCAGCAAGGUAUCCUGGCUAUAUGAUACUGAGCACCCUUUUCUGAGUUCACUGGGUCGUCGCAUCAGCUUGGCCUCGGGCCUGUCGUUGGAGUCUUCCGAGGCUUACCAGGUGGCCAACUAUGGGCUUGGCGGACACUACACGGCGCACAACGAUGCCAGAGACUUCGAGCAGGUCGCGGACGAAUUGUACACGAGGGACGUCAACCGCCUGGCCACCAUGCUACUCUACCUGACCGACGUCUCGCUAGGCGGUGCCACUGGGUUCGUUCAUUUGCAGCUGGCCGUGAAGCCACACCGUGGCUCGGCCUUCUUCUGGUACGACCUGGCACCGCAGUCGGGUAACGACGCGCCGAUACACUUCUCCUUCUGGCACCAGAAGAAAGCACUGGAGGAACUCACGAGACACGUGGGUUGUCCCGUUCUGUGGGGAACCAAGUGGAUAGCUACGAAGUGGAUUCACGAGCGCAACAAUGUUGUGGUGCGCUUUGACUGCCCUGGAUAA